AUGCUCUCUCUUCUUUAUUUGCCAUUUUUAUUCCAAAUCGUUUGUGAUGGCGACAACGAUUGCUAUGACAACAGUGAUGAGAGAGACUGCCAACCUGUGAAUUGUACAGAGUCGCAAUGGCGAUGUCAAUCCCAGAUUCAGUGUAUCAAAAAAGAACAUCGGUGUGACAGAUUCCCUGAUUGUAAUGACAAAUCAGAUGAAGUGGGCUGUCCCUCUUCAUCUACCAAUACUUGUCGUUCACGUGAAUUCAAAUGUUUGGAAGGGGACUGUAUAUUUGCUGCUUGGCAGUGUGAUGGCAAACAAGAUUGUGAAGACGGUUCAGACGAGGGUUCCACUUGCCCUCCUCCUGUUUGUCCUAAUGACUUUUUCCGUUGCAAUAAUGGACGAUGCAUCUACAAGUCAUCGCGUUGUGAUGGAUAUAAUGAUUGUGGAGAUAAUUCAGAUGAAGACAAAUCAUUAAAUUGCUCACCACCGCCCUUUUCCUGUCCCGCUAAUCAGUGGGAAUGUCCUGGAGGAAGGCGCAUUUGUAUUCCUGAUGCUAAAGUCUGUAACGGUAACCCGGAUUGUCCUGAUGGACAAGAUGAGAGUCCCUUGUGCAGUAAGUUUUACGUUCUUGCUAUCAUUCUUUUGAAUAUCUUUCUCGGAAUUGGAAUUCUCUGUUAG